CUUUUUAGUCAGGAGCUCAGUUUCCCAUCUGCACCACAAUCUGGGAACAACCUGGGCAAGGGCUCUUCUCAAGAAUGGAGCAACACUAUAAGCUCCUCUGAUCGAAGUUUCAGUGGACUUUAUGACAGAAUAACCUUUUCUGUUUCCAGAAAAUUGAAGUUAGUUUUACCUGAAUAUAUUUAACCUUUCCCUAGAUGAAACUGACAUGUUGUGGUUAUAGAAUAUUGACCCCACCACCGAAUGCAGAUGGUUACUCCAGAAUUUUCACCAAAGUCUCUCACAUCAGGAAAUGAGGAAGACAUUGAUUCUGAUGAAACCUCACGAACUUGAGCAAGGAAUAAUUUGUGAGCAUUUGAAGAUAUGAACUGCCCAAGCCGCAUAAAAAGAGCUCACAGCAAUAUCUGGUACAAGCUAAGCAGAGAAAUCUCUGCAAAAGACACAUCCACAGAGAACAAGCCACUUGUCUGCUUUCUAAAUUUUCCAAAUGGAUGUUUUCAGUCAGAAUGGAUUUUCUGGUUUGAUAGAAGAAUGAAAAUAAUUUCCAAAAUGUGUAUGGGUUGUGUAUAUAUCAGUGAAAAAACCCCACAGAACUGCUUUUUCAUGAGUUUAAGAAUAACCCUCUGGAUAUUAUUAAACCUCUGAAAGAAGAAACUUUCCAUAUCAAUACAAAGCUGAUGAUAUUUCUGAAAGCUCAGAUCUGAGUUUGCUCUGAAUUUCAGACCUGGCAAAAACAUAGUACUUGAUAAGUAUUGUCAGUGUUUAUUUAGUCUGGAAGUUUUUGGCUCUGAAAUAAAAAUUCCUUGCAUGCCUGUAGGACCCUGUGACUGCUGCUUACUCAUACACCACAAUAGAACCCACUGCUCUGUGAUCUGCUGUGAAGAACUGCAUUCAAGGCUUUUUAAUGUUUAGAAAUAUGAUGGGGAAUAUAGAUUUGAUCCUCCUAUCUACCUUCCUCUCGGUUUCCAUGACAUCUGAAAUAUUUGAUCCUAUGGAAGGUGAGGCUUUAGUUAUAAAAUGUCCCAAAUGGAAUUCAUCUGUGAAAAUCACUUGGUAUCGCAUGGAUACUCACCAAAUAAUUCCUGCGGAAGAAGAGGGAUCACGAGUAUUUUCCGUAGAAAAUUUUCUUUGGUUUCUGCCAAUUUCUAGAGAGGAUUCUGGAAACUACACUUGUGUAACACAUUUUAAUCGCACAAAGUCAUACAACAUGAGUGUGCAAGUGCACUCAUACAAGCCAGGAGAAUGCUUCCCGAGCCGGAUUCAUUACGCAAAUGACACUCGAAGAGGAAAAAUUGCUUGUCCUACCAUUGAUAACUAUAAGAAUGCUACUAUUGUCCAGUGGUAUAAGGACUGCAAACCUCUUCAGGGACAGAGAUACUUCACGAAAGAAAAUUAUCUCUUUAUUGAGAAUCCAAGAACAGAGGAUGAUGGUUAUUAUACUUGUAAAUUUAUUUAUACCCAUAAAGGAAAUGUGUUUAAUGUAUCAGCAACAAGAAUUUUCAUCAGUGAGGUGAAAUACUCAUUUCUACCACCUCAAAUCAUAUUUCCAAAGAAUAAAGAUGUAGUAGAAGCAGAGCUUGGUGCUGCUUUGUCUCUGAAAUGUCAGGCCCGCCUGGGGAUUAAGAAACAGCCACUGUCUGCUGUCAGAUGGGAUGUCGAUAACAUCGCAGUGGAAAACCUUGAUUUUUCGAGAUUUCAUGAAGAAACUCAUUUUUUUCACGGACAUGAGCAAGUAUACUAUGAGGAGACCACUUUGAAUAUUACUGAAGUAAAAAAGGAGGAUCUGCAGUCAAAUUUCACAUGUAUUGCACUGAACACAAUGUACAACACAAGAGUCACGGUGACAUUACAACUCAAAGAGCAGCCUGAGGAGGCUCUUCCUAAUGUCCUCCUGAUCACAGGAUCUCUGGUUCUGCUAGGUGCAAUAGCAAUCUCAGUUAUCCUUUACCAGUCUUUCCGAGUUGAUAUUGUCCUCUUGUAUCGGGAGAUAUUCCAGCCCUACUCAGUCAAGGAUGAUGGAAAGAUAUACGAUGCGUAUGUAAUCUACCCCAAAACCCACACCAGUGAAGCUAAUUUUGUGGAAUAUUUUGUUUACCAAAUUAUGCCAGAUAUUCUAGAAAAUAAAUGUGGAUAUAAAUUGUGUAUUUAUGGGAGAGAUAUAUAUCCUGGAGAAGAUGCAGCCAGUGCGAUUGAGCAGAAGAUGCAGAAGAGCAGACGGCUGAUCAUCUUGCUAACACACCAGCUGAUUAAUUCUAAAGAAGAUGCUUAUGAUCAACACAUCGCUUUAUACAACGCCCUCAUUCAAAAUGACACCAAGGUGAUCCUUCUGGAAAUGGAGACAAUUGGGACUUACGAGAAGUUUCAGGAAUCCCUUAGGUUUAUUAUUAAGCAUCAAGGUACCAUCAAAUGGAAAGAGGAGCACACGGUGCACCCACAGUCACCCAGUUCUAAGUUCUGGAAGCAGGUGAGGUACCAUAUGCCACUGACACGCAGGCCCUCACACUCGGCUAACACCAGGUGAACAGUCCUGGAAAACAGUGCUGCAGCAUCACUACAAGCCCACAGCUGUUUUUCCUUUCAGAAGGUACAUGACUGCACAGUCUGGAGGUCUGGCUCUGUUUUUUGAACAUUUUUUAGUCCUUCGAUUGAGUAAUGAUGGGGUAAAUUGAUGCAAGAGGUCUAGGAACAUUUUAUAGGUAUGAGAGAUCUGUAAAGAAAUAAUUCUAGAUUGUGUGGAUAAUUUUGCAUGCCACAGAAAGCCAAACAUAUCUGUACUCUUUCUAUACAUAGUUAUAUAUUUAUCUAUAUCUAUAUAUAAUAUAUAUAACAGAAAGUUAUGAUUGUGACUAACUGAAUGCCUUGCAGGUUUACUUCAUCUUCCUAUAUCAGUUGAUAAAAUAUAAAUGCCUUCUGUAUUAUUUGACUAGAAAGUAUAAUGUGUAUUUUGCAACUAGAAAGUAUUUUUAAAGAAAUCUUUUGUUAACUUUUUUUUUUCUGACACUUAUUCCUUUUUGAUUUAAUAGUGAUACUGACAAGAUGAAAUUUCAUUUUUCCUUAGUAUGGAAAAAUACUAAAUAAAUAAAAAUCCCUCACUAGAGGGUCUUUUGAGACUGAUGUGAAUAUAGCAGUAAAAAAAUGCAGUGUUAAAGGAAAUAAAUACAUUGAUAUA